GCGUGAGUGAGUGUGUGUGUGUGUGAGUGAGUGUGUGAGUGUGUGUGUGCGUUGGUGCGGCCGGAUUAUGAGGACAAAAUGCAUGAAUACGUACCGACUCUAUGAGGACACACCGUAACUAUGAGGACAGUGCUGAUGUCCUCAUAAGUCGAGCAGUGCAGAAAGGCUUAUAAGGUUGUUCCUAACCACCUCCCGCGUUUUCUCAAUAUGUCCUUAUAAACACGUUGUUCCCGUUUUUCUGUGUGUAUGUGUGUAUGCUCAGUGUGUAUAAUCUCCCCCUAUUGAAAAUUUGGUGCUACUGCGGUUUCAUACACAUUUCAUACACCUAGACCCGCCCAAGCGCGCGUUUCAUUGGUGGAACACUGGAAUCCUCGUCAGUGAUUGGCUGGAUUUGACAUCGUGACCGUCAGCUCGCCCCGCCUCUGAUCUUCAAUCGUCUUGAUGCAAGGUGUGACGGAGAGAUUAAUAACAAUAAUAAUUAAGAUUAAUUAGCAGAAUUCCAGCGAAAUUGGCGAGCUAUAACGGGAGAUUUUCACUUGAUCAUGUCAAAGUCAACAUGGUGAGAAAGAAGAGAAUAAAACCUGAGCAGGAUGCAAAAGAACACAUAUUGUCGGACAAAGACAAAGCCUUCAUCGAGGGACAACAAAUCAACACAUUUAAAGGGAGAGGUGUGUUUGCUCUUGAGCACAUUGAAUUAUCCACCUUUGUUGUUGAAUACCGUGGGAUUCUCUCUCAAAGUAAACAUGUUGAAGAUGUUGAAGGCAACUACUUGUUUGACUUCACAUGGAAUGGAACACGUUAUUGCACAGAUGCUACUAAAGUGGACGGUUCACUUGGGCGACUGCUGAAUGAUGAUCACAGAAAUCCAAAUUGCAAAGUCAAGACAAUAAUUGUUGACGGAAGACCACACCUGUGCCUAUUUAGUAUAAGAGCUAUCUUUCCAGAUGAGGAGGUCACGUACAACUAUGGGGAUUCCUCGUGGCCUUGGCUUUUAAGGGAAUUGUGUGACGAGACAUCAGUGACUGUGACUGAAUGCAGUGUGAAUCCUUCCUCAUCAGUGAACGAGAAAUUACAGGAAUUGUGUGACGAGACAUCAGUGACUGUGACUGAAUGCCGUGUGAAUCCUUCCUCAUCAGUGAACGAGAAAUUACAGGAAUUGUGUGACGAGACAUCAGUGACUGUGACUGAAUGCCGUGUGAAUCCUUCCUCAUCAGUGAGUGAGAAAGAAUUGUGUGACGAGACAUCAGUGACUGUGACUGAAUGCCGUGUGAAUCCUUCCUCAUCAGUGAGUGAGAAAGUGAUCAUGACCUGUAAAGACAAGUCAAAGACCGUUGCGAAGAAAGGAGAUUCAGCUUUGACUGGAGAUGAAAUGGAAUUGGGUGACGAGACAUCAGUGACUGUGACUGAAUGCCGUGUGAAUCCUUCCUCAUCAGUGAACGAGAAAUUACAGGAAUUGGGUGACGAGACAUCAGUGACUGUGACUGAAUGCCGUGUGAAUCCUUCCUCAUCAGUGAGUGAGAAAUUACAGGAAUUGUGUGACGAGACAUCAGUGACUGUGACUGAAUGCCGUGUGAAUCCUUCCUCAUCAGUGAGUGAGAAAAGACCAAAUCGAGGAACACUGAAAAGGCCAUGGAGCCCAAAUGAAGUGAAUGCUGUCAUGAAACAUUAUUCCAUAUUUCAAAGGGACACCUUUCAACAAAAACCGAGUGUGAGCAGUGCAAGACUGCAGAGGACCCUGUUCUGAGAGAAAGAACAGUCCAAAAUAUAAGGGGCUUCGUGAGGAACCGAGGUUUGAUGUUGGAAAAAAAAAGUUCUUAGAGAGUUCCUAGAGAGAUCAUUUUGGCCUUACAUUAAUGUGUGUGACUUUUGUUCUGCAAAAUUGUCUAAAAUGUUGUUGGGCCACUGAAUUUAUAAGCAGAAGAGUCUGACUCAGGUCUAUAUUUUGUGCUGAAGACAUCCUUUUAUUUACUUUUGUUAAAACAUUGUUUUUAUAGAAAUGUACAAAUAAUUGCAUUUUUAUUGGAAGGCAGUAUAAUUUGUUUUUUCCACUGGUACUGUGUUGCUGAGUGAAUUUUGUGGCCCAUACCCUGUUGCACUUUGGUCCCAUAAACAUACUUAUUU